GUACGUCCAUCUCUUUGGUUAAGGAAUGGCAUCGCAGAUCCUUCCUCUCGAGCUGAUCGACAGAUGCAUCGGCUCCAAGAUAUGGGUCGUCAUGAAAGGCGAUCGAGAGUUCUCGGGAACGCUCCUCGGGUUCGAUGACUUCGUCAACAUGGUCCUUGAAGAUGUGACAGAAUUCGAGAUAACGGCUGAGGGCAUCAAGCAGACGAAGCUGUCCCAGACCCUUUUGAACGGAAACAACAUCUGCAUGCUCAUCCCAGGCAGCUCAGGCCCCGACUCAUGAUCCUGGCAGGACCACACAAAACUCUCGGUGACAAGGGAAGCGGCAUCUUGCACUCACUUUAAGGGAAGAUUUGAGGCGCAACGCGAGCAUGCAAACAGAGGUUAAGAUGUUUAGCGCCAGGCCGAAGCUUGAUGAAACUAUGUACCAGGAAGUACUACCAAGUCCUAGCGACGCGUUCUAGAGAUACGAUUGACUCGCUACCCCAUCAAAUUCUUUCUGCAAGAAUGCAUUUCGAC